CUCUGCUCUCCCUCCUCUCCUUUGGCAGCAAUCCAAUCCAAUCACCCGCCAUUCCAAUUCCACCAGCCCCCGCCGCACCGCACUUUCUUCUGAAUUGAUCCUCGGGUCCUCCCCCUCCCCACCCAGGCACCCAAGACCCAGCAGCCACCACCACACUACCACAGGAAGGAAGGCGAGAGCUUUCCGUCCCCUCCCCUCCCGCAGAGGCUGUAAAGGGCAGCUCCCUCGUGGCCUGUCGCCGCCCGCCUCCACUCCUCUCCUCUCCGGACUCGCCGGCCUGGAUCUGCCGCGGGGCUCUCAUCUCUCCUGCCCUCAAGAGAGACCGCCGCCGCCGCCGCAGAUGCUGCCCACCAACCGCGGCAGGCCGCAGCAGAGGCCGCCGCCGCCCAGAUCUUGGUCCUUCCUCUCAGAGAUGGUGGACUUCUCCGAUCCCAAGCGCAGGCCGCGCUACCUCACCAAGCUCGUCAUGGCCGCGCUCCUCACCGCCAUGUGCGUCCUCAUGCUCACCCAGCCGCCCUGCCACAGGAGGGCCAGCCCCAGCGUGUUCUCCACCCGUCAACCUGGGGUCACGCACGUGCUGCUCACCGGGGGCGCCGGCUACAUUGGCUCGCACGCCGCCCUUCGGCUGCUCAAGGACUCCUUCAGAGUCACCAUAGUGGAUAAUCUUUCGAGAGGAAAUAUUGGCGCGAUCAAGGUUCUUCAGAACUUGUUCCCAGAGCCUGGGCGGCUGCAGUUCAUACAAGCUGAUUUAGGAGAUCCAAAAGCAGUUAACAGAAUAUUUGCAGAGAAUGCAUUUGAUGCUGUCAUGCACUUUGCUGCUGUCGCUUAUGUUGGAGAGAGCACACUUGAACCUCUGAGGUACUAUCAUAACAUCACUGCAAACACUUUAGUGGUGCUGGAAGCUAUGGCAACACACAAUGUGAAAACUCUGAUCUACUCUAGCACAUGUGCUACUUACGGAGAACCUGACAAGAUGCCUAUCACUGAAGAAACUCCCCAGUUUCCGAUCAACCCAUAUGGUAAGGCCAAGAAGAUGGCAGAGGAUAUCAUUUUGGAUUUCUCAAAGUCCAAGAAAGCAGAUAUGGCUGUCAUGAUUCUAAGAUACUUCAAUGUCAUUGGCUCUGACCCGGAAGGAAGGCUGGGUGAGGCUCCUAGACCUGAAUUGCGUGAGCAUGGUCGCAUAUCAGGUGCAUGCUUCGACGCAGCACUGGGUAUAAUCCCAGGUUUGAAGGUUAAGGGUACCGACUACGAAACUCCUGAUGGCACUUGUGUAAGGGAUUACAUUGAUGUCACUGACCUGGUCGACGCCCAUGUUAAGGCACUCAACAAGGCAGAAAGAGGCAGAGUUGGCAUAUACAAUGUUGGCACGGGAAAAGGUCGGUCAGUAAAGGAGUUCGUUGAGGCCUGCAAGAAGGCGACCGGAGUCGAUAUCAAGGUUGACUACUUCCCCCGCAGACCAGGUGACUAUGCCGAGGUGUACAGCGACCCCGCCAAGAUCAACCGGGAGCUGAACUGGACGGCACAACACACCGACCUCCACGAGAGCCUCAGGGUGGCGUGGACAUGGCAGAAGGCGCACCGGAGUGGGUACGAGCCACCCCAGGCCAUGAUUUUGUGAAGAUGGUGAUGGGCCUCGUAGCAAGCAACCAGCUGGCUGGAGCAUAGGUGAACAUAAAAGUAUUAUUAGAGACUUCUCCUUGAGGACCCAUAGUCGCUCGCUCACAUAUGGUGAAUUAUAUACACAUAGUGUUCAUGGUCAUUCGUUCGAUUCUUGAGGGUUCAUAUUUAUUGAAGGCUUUAGCUGAUCAUUGUAAUAGCAUAAUACUCCAUAUUCAUUGUAAGUUAUAGAAUAAAAUUCCAAUAAGCUCGUUUUGAGAUGAACUUGCUGUA